UUCCCUUCUCUGAACCCUAAAACCUCUCACUUUUACUCUUUCUCAAACGAAUAAAACUAAACAGAAAGGGAAAGUCUAGGAGACUAGGACACGAUGGCCGGUGGCUCAGAUGCGGUGGAGAAUAAUAGCUUAUCGUGUGUUCGAUGUGGCAAGCCUGCUCAUCUUCAGUGUCCCAAGUGUAUGGAGCUAAAGCUUCCUCGUGAAGGCGCGGCGUUCUGUACACAAGAUUGUUUCAAAGCUUCUUGGAGCUCUCACAAAUCAGUUCAUUUGAAGGCAAAGCUACUUGGGACAGGUACUCCAGGUGGAUCAGACGGAGCGAAUGAAGGUUGGUUAUAUUGCUUGAAGAAAGGACAGGGUCGAACUCCGAAACUUCCCCAUUUUGAUUGGACAGGAGCACUGAGACCAUAUCCCAUAUCUAGCAUGCGUUCUGUACCCUCUCACAUUGAUCUACCUGAUUGGGCUGUGGAUGGAAUACCAAAAAUUGAGCCCAAUAGUGAUCUGCAGCAUGUUGUCGAGGUUAAAAGUCAGGACCAAAUUGAGAGAAUGCGAGAAACAUGUCGAAUUGCAAGGGAGGUUUUGGAUGCAGCGGCUCAAGUGAUUCGUCCAGGUGUAACAACAGAUGAAAUUGAUAGAGUGGUUCAUGAGACAACUAUUGCUGCUGGGGGUUAUCCAUCUCCUCUCAAUUAUCAUUUCUUUCCAAAGUCUUGCUGCACGUCAGUUAAUGAAGUAAUCUGUCAUGGAAUUCCUGAUGCCAGGAAAUUAGAGGAUGGCGAUAUUGUGAAUAUUGAUGUGACUGUGUACUAUAAAGGUGUUCAUGGUGAUCUGAAUGAAACAUACUUUGUGGGAAAUGUUGAUGAACUGUCUCGUCAAUUGGUCCAAUGUACAUAUGAGUGCUUGGAGAAAGCAAUAUCUAUCGUGAAACCUGGGGUGAGGUAUCGUGAAAUCGGUGAAGUCAUUAAUCGCCAUGCUUUGAUGUCAGGAUUCUCUGUGGUAAAGUCAUAUUGUGGUCAUGGUAUUGGAGAGCUGUUCCAUUGUGCACCAAAUAUCCCCCAUUAUUCAAGAAAUAAAGCUGUAGGUGUGAUGAAAGCUGGACAGACCUUUACAAUUGAACCGAUGAUUAAUGCAGGAGUUUGGCGUGAUCGGAUGUGGCCUGAUGGUUGGACAGCUGUGACUGCUGAUGGUAAACGAAGUGCUCAGUUUGAGCACACGCUUCUGGUUACCGAAACUGGUGUUGAAGUUCUGACGGCAAGAUUGCCUUCAUCGCCCAAUAUGUUUCCUUGGCUAAAUGCUUAGGUUAUGUCAUCAACUUACACAUUGUAAACUGCUGUCAGAAACUAGCAGUCUUGCAUAUUUUGUUGAACCAUGUAAUUUGUGUGAAAAUAAUUGUUCAAAUUUGAAUUUAGGUUAAAAGUGUGAAAUGGAUUUUCCAUAGACUAUUAGCCUU